AUGUGCCCACUGGAUAUCCUCGCCUCGGCAUUGCAGGACGACGGGAACACCGGCAUGCCCCAAUGGAACACAAUCUCCUACAUGUGCCCUCUUGCGAUGCAAUCCCACACAAACUUCGUAAACGGGGUCGGAGACGGCAAGCAUAACGGCUUUCUAACGGACAUGUACGCGUUCGGCAAGACCCUGGCGGAAGUUUACGGGGGCUCGGUACACCACCUGCAAGGUCGGCAAGGAAACAGGUCGCAAAACCCAGACUUGGAGGAGCUCCUGGACCACGUGACGACCGCCAAGCUUACUGCCCGCUGGGACAUCGAUGAAGUCUUCGAAAGCGACUUCAUGAAGGCGUACGCCAGCGAACACCCGCACGCCAACGAUCCCAUCAUCACGCCGGUCGCUUCUGACUCUGGGGGAGCAACAGCGGGUGUCGUAGGCUGUACAUCUACUUCGACAGACGCUGACGAAGCCGAGACGGACAUCUGGCGAGAUUCUUACGCGGACGCGCCCAUUCCACCCUCAGCAACUAUAGGCGUUGGUCGUGCGAGCACGAGCGGUGCGGAGGGUGGCAGGGGAGUGCCGAUGCCGAAGUUUACGGCGUAUCCCGGGCCGGGGGGAUGGGGCCCAGCACAGCCCUCACGCGCGGCGCAGCUCGCAGUAAAGGCCGCGGCGAAGGCGGCAAAGUCCAACGUCAUGGUGCCGGUGAACGUGCCCGCGUCCGUACCACCUAACGAGACAAUCAAGGGUGCCGAAGGGUCAGCAAAGAGCAGCAGCGCCACGUCCGGGCACAGCGGAAUGUGGUCGACUUCGACAGGCAUGGGGGUCGGCACAAGCACCAGCGGUACCGGCAUGACCGGAAGCGAGCCGGCCGACAGCACCCAGACGGGCCAAACGCGACCGUCCCCGUCAUUGCCAAGGCGAGUUCCCGGGGCGGUAGAUUCCGGAGCUUGUAUAAUGACCGGCUCGUCCAGAGCAGGAGACAGUGGAGAAGACGUGUUGGGUCUCGACCCCGAUCUACAUUAA